CGCGCGGCUCGGCGAGAGAGAAAUCGGGCGGCGCAGCGGCCAGUCUCGUUCGCAGCGAGUGUCAGUCAGUCCAGUCUCAGUGUGCGUGUCGCGGUUUCAGGCGGGUCUCGCGCUCGGCUCACAGGUGUCCCUCCCUUCAUACCCUGAGAAAAAGAUUUGCAGAGAAAAUGCCGAACACGGCCAGAAUCGUGGUGCUGAAGCUGAUCCAAGCCGGUUUGUUGGCGGCUGGUCUGUACAUGCAGUACCACAGCAUGGAGAUCACCAACCACGCGACGCUGAUGGUGUCGGCCGGCUCGCUCGGCGGCUUCCUCGCCGUCGUCGUCGGCAUGAUCGGGGCAGCAAUCCUCCAGCAGCCCGUCCCCAAACGAGCGGACAUCCUGUACAACAUUUUGGGCGCGGCUGCCCUUUCGGCUGCGGGCUACCUGGCGUUCGACUACUUCUACGUGUCCGAGAACGCCGGACUGAUGGACAAGCUGGUGAACAGCGCCAAGUCCGGCUUCAGCGAGGAGACGCGCAAAAUGGGCCUGGCAAAGAGCGCCGGCUGCUUCGUGAUCGCGUUCGUGCUGCUCGUCGACGUCGUCGCCACCCUCAGGGAGUAGAAAUAAUCCCUCCCUGCCGGGGUUCGUGCCAACAAAAUAAGAGCAUUAAAAAGAAAAACAAGUUUGGUUUGGUUGGAAGACUGCUUUUUCUCAUCUCUGCGCACACAGGAAUCAAUAAAAUUAGUUCCGCGAGGGCACAAAUUUUUCUAUUAUAUUAUAUAUCGAAUAUCGAUCGAUGUGUGCGCCUCUUCGAAAAGAGGCCGAAAAGCAUAAAUCGUACGUGUUCCUAUUUCAUUCCGUUUUUAUCGAUCGCGCUUGACGAAUAGAAACAAACAAACAAAACUUUCACUGCUUCUGCUGGGAUUAGGAAAUGCCUUAAUGUAAUUUAUAUAUGAUAAUAUUAUGUCGUAUUGCAUGUAACUGCCAAACUCAGACACACAAAUUUGUGCAUUUUCGUCCAAACGAAAAUAGUUAGAACUACUUUGUAUUUUCACCAAAAGCUGUGAUUUUCUACAAAUUGGCAAAAUAGACACACUCUGCGUGGUGAGACUUGGAAAAUUUGACCUUUUAGCGUGAAACGCGUUUAAGAUUAAUUUUUGUAAUUUGAUUUAUCUUUAAUACAAAUUCAUCGGGUUGCGAUCUGUGUUUUUCCCGCCAGUCAGAAGUCAACAUGGCGUUGAAAUUUAUAGUUGUUUGAAUAUACGCACGUUUUGAAGCUGCGCAGUAAUUUUGUGCGCAUCUGAAGCAUGCGCAGUAUGUUUAGAUCGCUUCUUAGUCUCACAGGGAAGACUAAAAUCAUCACUGCGCAUGCGUGACCCAAUUUAAAACCUUCUGCGCAGCCGUAAUUACCACCGGGGGCCGGGUUGCGAUCUGUGUUGGUUUCCCGCCAGUCAAAAUUCAAUAUGGCGUCGAAAUAAUGGAGGCAAAUCAGGUGACAGUCCAACGGCCUAUCAGAAGCGUCGAAAAAGAGGCGUGCCGACCUAGUAAUUUCAUUCCCGCGUAUUUUGUUGCAUUUCCAUUCACCUGAUGAGCCAUCUAACGGUCGAUUCGCCAAUUACCGGGCUAAACAGCUGUUAGCAAAGAAAAAACAAUAAAAAUAUUCAUUGUACUGAAUUUAUUUUCACGAUAAAUAUUCAAGCCAAUUUUAAUUUACGAUUUUUGUAACUUUCCCGCCAAAAUCUGCCAGACGCCCCGGUGUAUAAAUCCAUAUUUGAAUAAUUCCUAUUAAAUUUAAAAAUUCUCCAAGCCUCACCAAUGCCACAGGAUCGAAUCUCCCUAUGUACCACAAAAAUUUAUUUUUAAAAAAAUAACCAGUAUAUAAAACAUAUAUCGUUCAUAUAUAUUCUCGUCGUGACGUGCUUAGUGUGUACAAAAAAAAACUAGCGCAUUCCAUAUGGAUUGAAUAAAACUCAUCCACAAAUAUAAA